AUGCUGGCUUUCAGUGAGGCACUUUUUCCAUCUAUGCGGAACGAACCAGACCCUUCUGUGAUGACUGAAAAUACAGUUGAAGGUUGGACACGUUAUGUCAUUUGGUUACCUGUGCACUACUUGGCGUAUGACAACUUUGUGGUGAGCAAAGCCCGCCAUUACACUCGAUGUGCUCUGCAGCGACCACCGCCAACCAGUCUAGUCGGCAUGGAUCACAUAAACUCGAUUAGUAAUUGUGGGGUUAUUUUGGACAUGGACGGAGUAGCUUCCUCAAACGGGGAUGAACUUCAAAUGUUACGAACGGCUCGAAGUGUCCGUCCAGACCCUUUUACUGUAGCCAUUGGCCGAGUAUCACCCAAAGAGAUUUUGGUUUCCGAGAAGGGUGAACGUCGAGCUCUUUGUCAUGUGACGUCAAGCACCGACUUUUCCAGUAAACGGUCGUCGACGGAAGCGGCGGAUCAAAUGUAUGUCACUCUUAGAAUUUGGGUUUCUAAUGUGUUGAUUUUACAAUCUAGCCUAGCAGGCAGUUUUUACCUCAUGAGAGUACAAUUGAUUAAUCAUUAA